UUGGCCACUUUUGGCGUUAACCGAAAAUAAUCUUUGAAAUUCAAACAAUAUUAUAUCUAGCUAGAUUCUAGAGCUUAUAUUUUCUGAGUUUAGGUAGUAAGCGCCCAUAAUGGUGGUCGUAUUCGGUGAGGACCAGUGAGGACAAUGUGGGACAGUAAUUAUAAUAAAAUAUCAUUGGGGACAGUAGGCCGUAUUCUGGCAGAAGCCCGACCGCAGAGCCUGAAACAGUAGUGAUUAUAUUAUUCCCUUUGAGCCUGACCAUCCAUAGUCCAUGAACUCGACAGGCUCAACCAUAAAGUUAAUAUAAGUACGGUCUAUAUAUUAACUUUAUGGGCUCAACACUAGUCUCUGACUACUUAGUUGACUUAAGAUAUGCAAUGUCAUCAAGGGGAAUAAAUAUUAUUCUGUCAGCCAAUAUAAUGCCGUUGAGCAUUUUUGGAGCAUUUAGUAAAUUAUUGUAUUAUUAACCAAAUAAUGUAAAAAAAACAAGUGGAUCUUAAUAGAUUCUAGUUAUGGAGAACAAGGAUGUAGAUUUCGACCCCUUUUGUGACCCGGACAACCCGCGCACGAUCAAGUAUGAAAGUAUUCUGGCGGCGUCUAAACGCAUGGAGGGCUAUGUACUCCGUACCCCCUGCACGAGAGCCAAUAUGUCCGAAAUGUUAGGCAUGGAUGUAUACUUGAAGCAAGAAUGUAUGCAAAUUACUGGAAGCUUCAAAGAGCGUGGAGUGGUCAACACUUUACUUCUGCUGACGGAAGAACAAAAGAAUUUAGGUGUGAUCACCGCGUCCAUGGGUAAUCAAGGCCAAGCAGUAAGCUACCACGCCACGCAAUUGGGCAUGCCCAGCAUCGUUGUCAUGCCAGUCUUCGCACCGCUCACCAAAGUCACAAAAUGCACGGGGUACGGCGCAAAAACUAUACUCCACGGAAAUGGUAUGCCUGAUGCUAAACAUCACGCAAUGCUGAUACGAAGUGAGAAUGGAAUGCUGUAUAUUAACGGAUACGAUCAUCCGAAUAUCAUUGAAGGGCAAGGAACAGUAGCAUUGGAGAUACUGGAGCAAGUUCCGGAUGUGGACGCAAUUCUAGUGCCCGUCGGCGGCGGCAGCCUAGUGGCUGGAGUUUGUGUCGCAGUAAAACACCUCAAACCGGACACUGAAGUUUAUGGAAUAGAAACGGACAAAACCUGCAGCAUGACAGAGUCCCUGAGAAGAGGGGAACGAACGAAAAUCGAAAUCGACUAUUCCCUCGCGGAUGGACUUGCGGUGAAUCUUGUCGGUGUAAAUACCUUCCAUAACAUCAAAGAUAAAGUUAAUAAAAUGGUCGCUGUCAAAGAAGAUUGGGUAGCACGCGCUAUAAUGCAUAUAGUGGAGGAAGAGAGAUUUGUUGUCGAAGGUGCUGGUGCAGUACCUAUCGCUGCGAUUAUGGCUGGACUUUUUCCAAAUCUUAAAGGAAAAAAAGUGGUGUGUGUUCUCACCGGUGGCAACGUGGACACGACGACGCUGGCUCGCUGUCUGGAGCGCGGCAUGGCUGCAGAGGGUCGGCUGGUGAAGUUCAAGGUCACAGUGUCCGACCGACCCGGAGGGAUGGCCGAGCUGUGCAGCUUGCUGUCGCGGGUUGGAGUCACCCUGCGAGACUGUAUCCCCGAGCGUGCCUGGAUACAUGGAGAUGUCUUCAGCGUCGAAAUGAAAGUCAUUGCUGAAACGAAGGGCUCAGCACACGCGAAGGAAUUGGUGGCGCAAAUAAAGAAAAACUACAAAAACUGUUUCUUCCCCGACUUCGACACUGACCAGAAAAAAGCUUCGUGCCGAGGAGCAACACGGAAGGGUCCGUGUCUUGCCCCUAACCCCACUUGCAUGCGAAAACGUUAA